GUGAUAUUUGGAGCAUGUUCACUUUGGUAGCAAACGACCAGGAUCAUUCCAAGGGAUCGCAUACAAUCAGUGACCUGAUCAACCUUGGUUUCGCAUUGAAUCGGAAUCAAAUCGUAUCCUUAUCGAAUGCAAAAAGAUGAAGUCUCUUUACUCAAUUCCACCAACAUCAUUAUCAGCACUUGCAAGUACAAAAACAUCAUGACUGACAUCGUAAAACGCAUCAAAGAUCAGAUCAAAUUGGCUGAAUCUGCCCAAUCACACUGGGAUAUCGCCCGACUCAACAUCGAAUUCAAAUCGUUGGAGCCGGUAGUAUCAGAUAUCAAUAAACGUGUUCGUCCCACAUUUGGUAAACCGAUUGAUGAUUUGGAUCUCUACGUUCUUGCAGGCGAUGCAAAUGUUGCUUAUAUCACGCUUUAUGACACUAUCAUAGCUCAGCAAGACAAGAUUCUAGCUUUGGAGCAUGCCGAGAAGAAGCGGAACCGGAUAAAGUCAUCCAAACGUCGCAUUCGUCCAAGUGAGACACCAAUCCCCACUGUAUCCGAGCACCCAGAGGUAUCCAUUGCCCCAAAUAGCUCCGAUAGCGAAGGGAUCUCAAUCGUCAAACGAACCUCCAAAGCUCCAAACAGCUCCGAUAGCGAAGGGUACUCAACUGUCAAACAAACCUCCAAUGGCACCAUUAGUUCAAAAGGAUCCCAAGCCACUUUGGACGCAGAAGUUGCCAAGGUUGUGAAACAAGUUAGCACAAAAUUGCAUUUUAAACGUGCAUCUCCUUUGACUCCGAAAAAGCAAUCAACCCCAAGUCUAUCGGGCAAAUAUUUGGUAGGACCACCCGACUCCAAUCAACCAAAGUUAUGCUUUUGCCGCAUUUUUAACAAUAAUGUCAUGGUUCGAGUCGGAGGAGGCUGGGAUCAUUUAUCCACGUACCUCAAUAGGCAUUUUGGUUAUCUCGCCACUUCGCCGCCCGAUAGCCCGUCGCAAUCCAGGACAACAACUCCGGAAAGACAUAGUCCAGAUCACUCAUUCAGAUCGGAAGGAACCAUGAGAGAACUCAGCAUGAGCUUGAGUCCGGAAUCAAUCAAACAAUUUCUACGUAAACAGGAAAGCUCGUGAGCUCUCUUCAUGUCUACGUGAGCGAAAAUUCAUAGACUUCAUUUGUACCAUAUAUCAUCAUCAUCAUUCAUUCAUACAUUAUACUAGUAGCACAAAUAAGAUUCGUUCCAUC